UGUAAAGUGUCGUUAGAGAAGAAACUAUCCGGUGAACCGGUAACUAGUGACGAUUCGAGUGCGCCGUCCAGCAAUUUCUGGCGGCAUUCCCUGCCCGCCCAGGGUGAAUAAUGACCGUUCGCUGCCGCCGGCCCAAUGAAUUGGCAGCGACUUAGUGAUAAACUUUCACCGCUCAAAAUGAUGACCACCACCAAGAAGGUCGACUACCUGUCGACCACUCCGACCUCGGCCACGACACCGUCGUCCACCAGCCAGCCGGACAGUCUCGAUCUGGACUACGACAUGUGGCAGGGCCAGUUCGAGUUCGUCGGCGGCCCGGCACCGCAGCCGUCGGCCAUCGGCAAACAGUCACGCACCUCUAGUCUGGAAGAUUUGCGCCUAAACGGGUACAUCCCGCCCGAUCAGCCGGUGCUGAUCGACGAGGAAACGUUCCUCAGCCUGCACCCGCACGACUUCCCGUCGUCCGGGCCGCAGUCGGGCUUUUUCCUAGACGAACCCGGCGAAGGGCAACCGCAGCUCAACAACAACCCCUGCAUCGGCACCACGGCGCAGAGCAACAUACUCAACAUCAAGCUGCUCAACAACAAAACGAACAACCUCAUCAGCUCGGUCAUUAUCGAGGAAAAGAACGCCAAAAAUAAUCUGAUCAACAGCAACCUGAAGCUGAUCAACGACAACCCGGAGCUGGGCAACAAGUACAUCCUGAAGGCCAGCCACAACGGGAGCAGCAAAAUGAACGAUCUAAUCAAAACAGACCUAUGUGAUAAUCUAAACGAGCAACUCGAAAUACUACAACGGCAAGUCACCAAUCUGGCGGACACGCAGAGCAAUGUCGACGAUCGUACGAGUAGAACCAAAACGGAAUAUGCUGUCCUGCAGGCCCGCUAUCACAUGCUGGAGGAGCAGCUGAGAGAGACUGAACUACGGGCCGAAGAACGGCUAACGCAGGAACAGAAGCGCCACCGGGAGCUGCUGGCGCGUGUCGAGCGGGAGGCCAAGCUGCAGAAUGAGAACUGCCAGAUCCGGAUACGAACGAUGGAGGUGGAGAUCACCAGCGUGCGGGAAGAGAUCCAGCGAUUGCGCUCCCAAAGCGACAAACAGGCGGCGGAUCUGCACGCCACGGAGGAGAAGCUGGAGAAAACGCGUGACUCCCUGAUGACCGCACAGCAGGACCUGGCCGAAGCGAAGGCGGAAGAGAAGAAACACCGAGCGGAUAAGCAAGCGGCCGAAGAGCUGAUGGUCGAGCUGGGCAAGGAGUGUGAACGUUUGCGAACGGAGCGUGGGCCGGCACUGCCCACGACGUCGCCCGAAUCGUUGCGGCUCGAGGAGCUGCACCAGGAGAUGGACGAGUUGCGCCAGAAGAACAAAAGUCUCGAAGAGUCCAACGAGGAGCUGCAGGCCAUGAUGCUGACGCGCAGUAUCGAGGAAGGGCGCAAUCUACUGAACGGCCCCAGCAACAGCCUUGCCCAGGAGCUGGAAGCGAUGAGCCAGAAUCAGGAUUCCGUUGAUUCGUCCACUUUAGCGUCCUUAACACAGCUUCAGGUGGCGUUCCAGGAAAAGGAGGACGAAAACCGACGACUCAAGCACUACAUCGACACCAUGCUGCUGAAUGUGGUCGAGAACUAUCCACAGCUGCUGGAAGUGAAAGCGGUGUGAAUCCGGAGUCGGCGGCCAGAGAGCGGCGUGUCAACGCCGCGUUUAGCAACUUUUUAAGACCCUACGAUUCGCGUUACUCAUACUCCCUAGGGCUCACUCGCGCACGUGUUUAAGGUCCUGGCGCUCGCUCCCCGGUGUGUAAUACUACAGGGCAAAACAGUACUACAGUCGGACAGCGGAUAUAAAAUUACCGCCCGGCCCGGGGAGCCCAGCGGCCAUGAUAAAAUGUGUAACGUACGUAAUGUGGACGACAGUAAGCAAUAUUCGUAAAUUUAUAUUUUACAUAAUAAUAAUUUAAGUACUCGUGUCUCGUGUAAACAAAGGAAGGGCGGCCGAGUUUUUCGUAAAGCAACGUGUACGGUACUGUUACGAAUCAGGCGCGCGCGGUUAACGCUUAACGGAACUGCAAAAGCUACAACGAUCACAGGGUGUGGGCGCAGAUCGCGCGACGCCUUCGCCUUUCACACAACAAACCUGAACCACCAUACGGGCGCGCAUACUAGCAGCACUUACUUGAACCGUGAUAACCCCAACAGAUAGCCUUCUACUAUUACAUUUGACCAUAAAUGUUUGUUUUGUUUUAACUUAACGUUGACGCGCUCGGUUGUUACACAGGUUGCAGAGGGAAAAGAACAGGGAAACUGAACGGGUCGGAAUAGAACGGCGGUGCGUAUGUGUGCUUGGGCAUGUAUUGAAGCUAACACCCGAUUGACGAGAUCCUAAGUUAAUUCCAGUGUCCAGACACUUCACAGCAUCGCUUCCGGUCUGGCCUCUUGUUUGGAAAUGCUUCAUUUUCGAUCGUUCGUCGUUGUGCGUCAAACUCUACUACAAAUUAAGUCCUAGCCAAUUUUAGAGGCAUCCGCUAGAAGAAAAGAGGUAUAAACUCGUUGAAAGAAGGAUAUUUCUUGUUGAUUAUGAAUGGAUAAGGUUUUUGAUAAAAAUUCUUUUGAACCACAAUCAAAAUCGAAGAGAAGAUGUUCGUGAGCAACAACUUUAUCACCAAUUUCGCGUUGCGUCGUUGCAGAAACCUUCACAUUGUUUGGAAGUUUGUAUUUACAAAGGUUUGCCCGACGGUUUCUCUGUAGAGUCGUGUAAAAAUUGUGCGAAAAACUCGAUUCCUCGUCUAAAGGAUGGACAGAUGGACAGUGAAGAAGCAAAUCAAUGUGUUACGUGUGUUUAACGGGUGAACGGGUUUCCCCUCAAUGUCGUUGGUGCAACACAGGAUCAUACCAUUUUAAACGCAUGGAUGCCAAAAUAGCGUUCUACUAAAAAAAACCCAACUGUAUUACAAACGUAGAAAUGGAAAAU